CGGAAGUGCGCGGAGGGCGCGCUGUGUUUAUCAAAUGUUCUUCGUGUCGAGUGACCUGCGAACAGCGGCUGAGCAGCAACAAUAACACUUUAUCAAUAUAAUAAUCGACAGACAGACUCAUUAUGCGCCUUUAACAGCAGGCGUCUGAUGGAUGAUGAGGAUCUUUCUAAAAGUGACCUGAAGAACCGUCACCAUGACCGUGGUGUGUCUGCUGGACGGCUGCGCGCUGCGUUUGUGCCACAGACCGGGACGUGCGUCCGCCGUCCUGUCGGCGUCUCCGCUGAGGAGCCCGUCCUGUAGGCUGAGCUGGAGGCCCAGGCGCGGCCGGAGAUUCUGGUUCUGUGUGGCGGGAUCGUACGCGAACGUCUCGGCCUUCAGCACGUCGACGCGCCGCGGGUCGGUUGACCUGAGAUACCACGCGUCCCGUCUGAGGAGCGUUCUGGACUCGGCCUGGAAAGCAGCGAACGGGACACGAGCGCAGAUUCUGUCAAGACUCAGAGCCGAAGAGACCUCGAGCACGCCAGCGGCUCCGCCCCCCACACUUGUUGCGACUGCAAGUGAAAUCCAGGAAGAGAAAGUGAGCAGAGUGACCGGAACAGCCCCGCCCACUACACAUCAGGCCCCGCCCUCAGCUGUUGUUGCAACUACAACUGAGAUCCAGGAACAGAAGGAGUGCAAAUUAACUGGAACAGCUCCGCCCACCACACCACAGACUCCGCCCACCAAACAGACCACGCCCCUCUUCCACCCGGGCUCCCUCAGCGUGUAUCUGGGCGAGACUUACGACUGUCUGUCUCAGCAUGUCAACUCUUACUUCAGCAGCUUAACUAAACCCGGCCCAGACUCUCGGCCGGAAACGCCUCGCGCCGAACCCUCGUUCUCUGUCAGAAAAGGACUCGGGAGUCACUUGAGCUACAUCGGGAACUACAUCACGCCGCUGGUCCCCCAAUUCAGAACAGAGCCCAAAAACACGUCGGAUGAAGCCGCUUCUGAUGAUGCUGAACGCAAAGAAACGGUGCGGAGCGAAGAUCAGAGCCAGACGGAGGAGAGAGCAAGACGCCUGCUGCUCCAGAGAGAGAAGAUCAUCGCUCGUGUGAGCGUGGAUAACCGCACGCGGGCUCUGGUUCAGGCUCUGCGCCGGGCGUCAGACGUGCAGCUCUACAUCCGUCGGGUGGAGGAUCUCAGUCAACAUCUGCUGGAGUUCCCAGAAACACGAUCGGUGGCCGUUCAGGAGCGUGCGAUCCCGUGUCUGCUGCGUCUGCGUCAGGCCGGUGACGUGUGUCUUCAGGCCGCCGUCCGACAGGCUCUGGCUCUGCUGGGCUUCAUCGAGCCCGUGAGGAAACGCGGCGUCCGGAUCCUGUCCAUCGACGGAGGGGGAACACGGGGUCUGCUGGCCCUUCAGACGCUGCGUCGCUUACAGGAGCUGUCAGGAAAACCCGUCCAUCAGCUGUUCGACUACAUCUGCGGCGUCAGCACAGGUGCAAUUCUGGGCUUCAUGCUGGGCGUCUUCCAGAUCCCGCUGAAGGAGUGUGAGGAUCUCUACAGGAAGUUGAGCUCUGACGUCUUCAAGCAGAACGUGAUCGUGGGGACGGUGAAGAUGAGCUGGAGUCACGCUUUCUACGACAGCGAGAUCUGGGAGAAAGUGCUGAAGGAGAAGAUGGGCUCGGACCUGCUGAUCGAGACCACGCGAGACCCCCACUGUCCCAAAGUGUCGGCGGUGAGCACAGUGGUGAAUCGUGGUCCUCCGGUGAAGGCCUUCGUGUUCAGGAACUACAGUCUGCCGGUCGGGGUGCGUUCGCAUUACCGCGGAUCCUGCAGACACCGGCUGUGGGAGGCCAUCAGAGCCUCGUCCGCCGCGCCGGGAUACUUCCAGGAGUUCGCGCUGGGAAACGACCUGCACCAGGACGGCGGGAUGCUGAUCAAUAACCCCACGGCUCUGGCCAUCCACGAGUGUCAGUGUCUGUGGCCGGACGUCCCGCUGCAGUGCGUGGUGUCUCUGGGGACGGGACGCUUCGAGACGGCCGGCAGAAGCAGCGUCUCCUACACCAGCCUGAAGACCAAACUCACCAACGUCAUCAGCAGCGCCACCGACACCGAGGAAGUGCACACUAUGCUGGACGCUCUGCUCCCGCCCAACACGUACUUCCGCUUCAACCCGUACAUGAGCGAGGACGUGGCUCUGGACGAGAGUCGAGAGGAGAAGCUGGUGCAGAUGCAGACGGAGGGUCUUCAGUAUCUGGAGAGAAACCAGGAGAAACUCCAGCGAGCCGUCGACGAACUCAACCGAGACAAGAGAAGCGUCCAGACACUGAGCGAGUGGCUGCGGCUCCGAGCGCUCACGUACGAGAGCUUCUACAGGAUAUAGAGAAAAAACACACGAUCCUGCACAACACAUACGCACAAAUCACCGCUUCAACUGUGGGACUCAGGAGGGACACUGGAAAGAUGCUCACAUCACCAGGACAAUAGAACAGUUUCAUUUUAUUUUAUUUUAUUUUAUUUUAUUUUAUUUUAUUUUAUUUUAUUCUAUUUUAUUCUAUUUUAUUUAUGGUUAAUUUUAUUUUAUUUUAUGGUUUAUUUUAUUUUAUUUUAUUUAUAGCAAACAAUCAGGGUCACAUGACACAAACCAACCAAUAAGGAACAAGACACAUGAUUUUUUGCAGUAAUUUAUUUUACUUUAUUUUAUUUUAACUUAGCUUACAUUAAAAAUCUGGAAGUGAUGAGGGUUAAAGAUGCUCACAUUAUCAGGGCAAUAGACCACUUCAAUAGACCACUUCAUUUUUUACAUUUUAUUUUAUUUUAUUUUAUUUUAGGGUUAAUUUAAUUUAAGAGACGGAGAUUGGAGAAUUUUACAUGAAGAAUUAUUUGAAAAAAUAUCACAAAAAAUAAGUCACAUUUAAUUCACAUAAUUCACAUUUAAUUAACACAUUUUAAAGUUGCUUCACAGUAAAAAAAUUAAAAUAAAAAAAAAUAAAACAAAAAAACAAAACAAAAAUAACAGUGAAUGUUAAAUGUAACAGUUUUAAAACAAGCUGUACAGAAGACGAUAGAGUCAUUAUUCAGAUCAGUUCAGUUCAGAACUGUUUAAUAUGUGAAUCUGAAUUGGAUUCAAACACUGAUAAUGAUUCAGUUAGUUAAAUAAGUCCUGACAUUAGCUGCUGACCGCUAGAAUCCUCAUGAAGACUUUAAUUACGCACUUUUUUAAAUCACUCUCACGUUUGAUCAUUUAUACGACUGUGAGGUGAUUAAUGUAAUAAAGGCAGCUGCUCAUGUCUUUAUUUUACACUAGAAUACAAAAUAAACAGUCGACUGUGGCUGAACUCGAUCUCUUCAUGUAAAACACUACAGACUGUGAAUCUUUCAUGAGAUUAAAGCAGCUCGUUUUAUCAAUCAGGGUUUGAUUAUGACUGACGUGAUUUAAAGGUGCAGUAAAUGAUUUAUGAGAAACACUGUUGAUGUUUGAAACCAUUAAAACAAACACAGCUCUACCCCUGUCUUGAUAGCUCCACCCCCAAAUUUACAAACAUGCUAUGCAACAGGCUCCUCCCCCAUCAUGAGUGGACACGCCCCUUACUGCUGAUUGGCUAGAAGUGUGUUGUAUUCGGUCUGAUCCACUUUCAACAGCAUUUCUCAGAAAUCACUUACUGCACCUUUAACAGUUUGAAGAAGCUGCUCAAAGACGACAUAACUAAGGUUUUUUCUGGUCAUUUUUGUUAUUUUUUUAAUAUAGCUAUUUAGGUUUAUUUAAUUUUUUAGGACGCCAUUUUAGUACCACGUUAAAAAAAAUCUACAAUUAUGAGAUUAAAUUCGUAAUAUUACGAGAAUAAAGUUGAAAAAUCACAAGAAUAAAGUUCAAAAUACUAUUAGAAUAAAGUCAAAAUAUUUUGUGAAUAGAGUCAAAAUAUUUAGAAAAUAAAGUUGUAAUAUUAUAAGAAUAAAAUCGAAAUUAUGGGAAUAAAGUCAAAAUAUUACAAGAAUAAAGUUGGAAAUACUAUUAGAAUAACGUUGAAAUAUUUCAAAAAUAAAGCUGUAAUGUUAUUAGAAUAAAGUUGAAAUAUUUUGUGAAUAAAGUUAUUUGAAAUAUUUGAAAAUAAAGUGGAAAUUACAUGAAUAAAGUGAAAAUGCUUUGAGAAUAAAGUCAAAAUUAUAAGAAUUAAUUUGUAGCAAUUACGAGAUUAAAGUUAUAAUAUUUUGAGAGUAUAAUCAAGCCUAUUUCCACUUUAUUCUCGUAGUAUUUUGACUUGUAUUAUGACUUUAAUCUUGUAAACUUUUCUUUUUUUUGUUAACGUGGCAGUACAGCGCUGUCGUACAUUUUUAGUUUAUUUUAUUUUAGUUUUUUUUUUUAUUUCCAGUUAGUACUUGUAAUGCUUUAAUCAUCUUAUUUCAGUUCGUUUCCAGUGCUAUAUUUCUGUAAUAUUUAUAUUUAAUUUCCGUUUAAAUAGGUUUAGUUAGUGAGCAUAACCCUGUUUGAUGAGUUUGAAGUCAAUGACAGACUGUGUUUAGUCUGAACUCAUGCUCACAGUGACCUUUGACCUCUGCUGACAGAGCAUUGCAGCAUUAUUGACCUCCUCCUUUAUAGGCCAGUGUUGUAUUUGUCUAAGUUUGAUCACAUUUUUGCCUUGAUUCACUCAGAAUCAGAUUGUAAUUCACUCAGUCGCAGAAUGAACAGAUGUUUUCUGAUGAUGAAGAUGAAGAUGAUGAAGAAGAGCUGCUGUGUUUAGUUUUAGCUGGAUUUUUUGAAUUGCUGAUGCUGAUGUGUCAGUAUAAUAAAUGAUGUUUGAUCAGUGAGGUGUUUAUUUGUGUGUUGUUCCUGUGUCUCUGUGUGAUGUUGUGGUCUGUAGAUCAGUGUGUUUGUGGGAUUUUUCCAGCUGAGUUGAUUGUGUAGUUGUCGUGUUUCUGCUCGUGUUGAACGUCUUGAACGUUCAGUCGGAGCUCAGCAGGGUUUCUGCUCGUCUGUGUGGUUUAUAAUGAAUGUUGGUAUGGUGUGUGUGUGUCUGUUUUUGUUCUCCUUCAUUCUGUCGCGUGUUUCAGUGCAGUGAAAGGCAGAUCGAGCUCUGACUGAGUUUAACAAACUCUUGUUUUCUCACUCGAUGAUCUGUUGACGUGUUAAAGCUGAACUCUAGUCAGUGUUCAUGAACACUAAUGAACUGGUGUGUUCUUCAUCAGUGUUUUUGUCUUGUUUUCCAGAACAAAAUAUCUAAACAACCUCAAAUCAUGAUGAGUGUUUUUAUUUUCCUUUACUCAACCCAUUGAUUUUUAGAGUACAGAUAGAGUUAAUCUGUGUUUUUUACCUGUUUCACAAACAGACACAAAUGAAGCUCUAAAUCCCUCUUUUCUUUACUCAGAGUUGAUCUAGACAAGUAGGGCAUAAACUAUAUUCCUGUAUUCAUCCUGUGUACAGGUGUACGUUUAUAUUAUUAAUUUAUUGACCAUGUUUAUAAAAAUUAACAUUAUUGUUGCAGAUGAACUAUAACACUUUUAACAUUAAAUAAAGAUUUUUACCAAGGUUAUCUGAAUCAAGUGAUUUGUGAACCCGGUCCGAAUCUCCGAUCUGAAUCAAAUGAUUCACGAUACUUGGUCCUUCACAUCGGAACUGAAUUAAAUGAUUCGCAAAGCCGCUCGGAAA